GAGACUAAAAAGGGCGGGAAUCGGUUGCUAAGAGACCAAAAAGGGCGCGAAUUGGUUGCUAAGAGACAAAAAAGGGCGGGAAUCGGUUGCUAAGAGACCAAAAAAGGGCGCGAAUCGGUUGCUAAGAGACAUAAAAAGGGCGCGAAUCGGUUGCUAGGGGACCAAAAAGGGCGGGAAUUGGUUGCUAAGAGACAAAAAAAGGGCGGGAAUCGGUUGCUAGGGGACCAAAAAAGGGCGGGAAUCGGUUGCUAGGGAGACCAAAAAGGGCGGGAAUUGGUUGCUAGGAGACCAAAAAAGGGCGGGAAUUGGUUGCUGGGGGCGUGGUUUCAAUUCUUUCCCUCCAAAUCCCCAAAUUUCCACCCAAAAUUCCCAAGUUUCGGCUCAAAAGUCCCAAUUGUGGGGUUCAAAAAUUCCCUUCUUUCGCCCCAAAUUCCAAUUUCUGCCCCAAAAAUUCCGAUUUUCGACCCGAAUUUUCCCUUUUGGCUCCCAAACUCCCAAAUUUUCACUCCAAAUCCCCAGCGUCGCCUGAGAUUUCACAAUUUUCCCCUCCAAAUUCCAAUUUUUGACUAAAAAUUCCCUUUUUUCCCCCGAAAUUCCCCAUUUUUGCCCCUAAAUCCACAAUUUCUCCCCCCAGAUUCCCAAUUUUGGGAUAAAAUUUCCCUUUUUUCAUCCAAAAUCUUCGAUUUCAACCCAAAAUUCCCAAUUAUCCACCCCCAACUUCCAAUUCCUGGCCCGAAAUUCCCAAAAUUUGGGUAAAAAAUUCCCAUUUCUUCCCCAAACUUUCCAAUUUCUGAUUUAAAAUUCCCCUUUUUGACCCCAAAUUCCCAAUUUUUACCCCCAAUUUUGCCCCAAAUUCUCAAUUUUUCACCCCAAAUUCCCAAAAUUUCGGACAAAAUUCCCAAUUUUUGACCCCAAAUUCCCCAAAUUUCUCCAUUUUUAGACCCCCAAAAUUCCCUUUUCCUGCCCCAAUUUCCCGGGGAUUCCCCUCCCCCCUCCAUGUGACGUCACCGUGACGUCACCACCGACCUUCGGACCUUGCCCCGCCCCCCGGAAGUGAUGGAGGCGCUGCGGUACCGGAGGGGGGAGGGGAGGGGAAAUUUGGGGCAAAAAUUGGGAAUUUUCGGGCAAUUCCAGGGAAUUUUCGCAGAAUUUUGGGGAAUUUUUGGGAAUUUGGGGGAAUUUUGGAAGUUUUGGGGAAAAUUUGGGGGGUUUUGGGGAAUUUUUGGGGGGAGGUUUCGGGGAAAAUCGAGGGAAUUUGGGGAAGAAUUGGGGGAAAUUUUGGGGGAAUUUCGGAGGAUUUUGAUGGGAUUUGGAAUUUUGGGGGCAAUUCCAGGGGGUCUGGGGGGAAAAUUUGGGGAAUUUUGGGGGAAUUUGGGAGAAAUGGAUGAAAUUUUGGGAGAUUUUGAGAGGAUUUGGGGGAAUUUGGGGAAAAUUUGGGGCAAUUUCUGUCAAAUUCGAUGAAAUUUUGGGGGAAUUUUCGGGAAUUUGGGGCAAUUUUGGUGGAAUUUGAGAAAUUAUGGGGAAUUUUGGGGGACUUUUUGGGAAUUUUGGGAGAAUUUGGGGGAAUUUCGGUCAAAUUCGAGAAAUUUCGGGGGAAUUUGGGGAAUUUGGGGCAAUUUCGGUCAAAUUCGAUGAAAUUUUGGGAGAAUUAUGGGCGAUUUCUGUCAAAAUCGAUGAAAUUUCGAUUAAUUUUGGGGGGAUUUUUGGGAAUUUUGGAGCAUUUGGGGCAAUUUCGGUCAAAAUCGAUGAAAUUUUGGGGAAUUUUGGGGAAAUUUCAGUGAAUUUUGGGGAAUUUCGGUCAAAUUUGAUGAAAUUUUGGGGAAUUUGGGGGGAAUUUGGGUCAAUUUCAGUGAAUUUGGGCGGAAUUUGGGGCGAUUUCUGUCAAAAUCGAUGAAAUUUUUGGAAAUUUUGGGGGAAUUUUUUGGAAUUUUGGAGAAUUUGGGGCAAUUUCGCUCUAAAUCGAUGAAAUUUUGGGGAAUUUCGGUGAAUUUUGGGGGAAUUUCGGUCAAAUCCGAUGAAAUUUUGGGGGAAUUUUGGGGAAUUUCGCCAUUUCCGGACCCUUUUUUUUACCUUUUUUUGCAUUUUUUUGCCUUUUUUUGUCUUUUUUUCGCCCCUCCCCCCCCCAGCUCGGUGUCCCGCCUCCUUUGGGGCCCCUCCCCCACCCCCGGCCCCUCCCCCACCCCCCCCCGCCCCUUCUGGGUCAGCCCCGCGGGGGGGGAGGGGCGGCCCCGGGGGGUCCUGGCCGCCACCCUGGGGGAGCUGCGCGAGCAGGCUCGCUCGGCCCUGGCUCUGCCCCUCCCCCCCGCGCGGGCUCUGGCCGAGGACGGGACCCUCGUGGAGGACGAGGAAUUUUUCGGGACCCUCCCCCCGCACGCGGCCCUGCAGGCCCUGGGGGAGGGGCAGCGCUGGGAGCCCCCCCAGGCCCCCCCGCGCUGGGAUCUGGGCCGGGGUCUCCCCGAGGAGCCCCCCGGGGGUCCCCCCGAGCUGGCCCGGCUGUCGCUGCUGCGGGAGCGGAGCCACCCCCGGGGGGCGCGGCUGCGGCUGCAGGGGCGGCUCCGGGGGCUGCGCUGGGAGCUGGGCGGGCUCGGGCCCGACUCGCUGCUCAGGGAGCUGCUGCGGCUCCUGGUGUCGCUGUCCCGGGCCCUGGGCCAGGCCCUGCUCGGGCUCUCGGCCGCGCUCCGGCCCCUCCUGGAGGGACCCCAGACCCACGGGGAGGGGCACUGACCCCGCCCCCUCAGCCUGACCACGCCCACUGCGAGCAAACCCCACCCAAUCCGCUGAAACCCCACUUAAACCACGCCCAUCCCCCUCAAACCCCGCCCAUCCCUCUUAAACCCCACCCACCCCUUUCAAACCCCGCCCACUCAAUCUAAAACCCCACCCAUCCCAUUGAGACCCCGCCCACCCCCUCAAACCCCGCCCACCCCUCUUAAACCCCGCCCACCCACCUCAAACAACCCCUAAGCCACACCCCCCGAUUUUAGGACACGCCCACCUUUUCACCACACCCAUUCCACUGAAGCCCCACCCACUUUAAUCCUACAAAGCCACACCCCUUCGCUUUAAGCCACGCCCACAAUCCCACACCCCAUUCUAAGCCACACCCACUCCACUCAAGCCCCACCCAUUUCUCCUAAGCCACGCCCUUUCAUUAAACCACACCCACAUAAGGAGCCAUUAACCCCUCCCCUUUUCCCUUAAACCACGCCCCCUCCCAACCAAACUUCCCGUUUGUCCCCGCCCCUUUUCACACUUAAGCCCCGCCCCUUUCUGAUUAAGCCCCGCCCCUUCCAUGGAACAACACCAAAAAAGGCGACGAACGAUUAAAAAUAAAAUUAAAAUUUUAAUAAAAAUAA